ACCUUGUUUAAAGAUCGGCUACUCACAAGUCACAUCUCGAUCCCUCCUUUUCUCCGUUCCGCUGUGAGACCGACCGAAUCUAUCACGCAGCCGACGUUGUGAGGAAGACCGUUCCGCUGUGAGGAAGACUGUUCCGCUGUGAGCAUGGGUGACCGGAUAUCUUCCCGGCGCCAUGACCGAAGCCGCCGCUGUGAGGAAGACCGAGGUAAGAGGGCUAAGCGGGAUAUAAAAGAGGAAGAAAUCAUGGAUUACAUGGUGAAGAAGGCGCAGAAGAAGGCUCUGAAGGUUGCUAAGAAACUCAAAGCAAACGAGGCUGGAUAUUCUAACGAUUCCAAUCCUUUUGGAGACUCUAAUUUGACUGAGAAGUUUGUAUGGAGGAAAAAGAUAGAACGUGAUAUUAUGCAAGGUGUACCUCUUGAUAUAUCCGUGAAGGCUGAAAAGAAGAGGCAAAGAGAAAAAAUGGCUGAGAUUGAAAAGGUGAAGAAAAGAAGGGAGGAAAGGGUAAUUGAAAAGGCACAACGUGAGGAAGAAAUGGCAAUGUUGGCAAGAGAGAGAGCUCGUGCUGAGUUUUUAGAUUGGGAGAAGAAAGAAGAAGAGUUUCACUUUGAUCAAAGCAAAGUUAGAUCUGAGAUUAGACUGCGAGAAGGGCGUGCAAGACCAAUUGAUAUGCUUACCAAGACCCUUACCAGUUCUGAAGAAUUUGACUUUGAUCUAAAUGAACCCUACAUUGUAUUUAAGGGGCUUACCGUCAAGGAUUUGGAAGAACUUCGUGAAGACAUUAAAAUGCAUCUGGAUUUGGAUACAACGACACCAAUUCAUAUCAGAUAUUGGGAGGCAUUGAUGGUAGUUUGUAACUGGGAACUUGCGGAAGCUCAGAAAAAAGAUGCAAUUGAUCGAGCUAGAGUACGGGGCGAGCAACCACCUCCUGAAGUUCUUGUAGAAGAAAGGGGUCUGCACUCGAGCAUUGAGGCUGAUGUGAAGAAUCUAUUGGAAGGGAAAAGGUCCAAGGAGUUGGAGUUGAUGCAACAAAAAAUUGAAUCACAAAUGCGAUCAGGCACUGCUAAGGUUGUUGAGUAUUGGGAGGCUAUUCUGAAGCACCUCCAAAUAUACAAGGCGAAGGCUUCUCUUAGAGAAAUCCAUGCCUCGCUUCUACGAAAGCAUCUACAACAUUCAGAGCAUCCUGCAGAGGUUGAGAACCAGUUAGAAGAACAUGAAGAUGCAAAAGCUGAAGAGGAUGAAUUGCAGGAUCUAGAGGAUUCCAAGCAUUAUUCUCCUGAGCAUUUGAUUGAGGAUGCUGAUGAACCUGAAGAAGCAGGUUCAUUCUCACCACCUGAAGAAGCAGGCUCAUUCUCACCUCAACUCUUGCAAGGUGAUGAAGACGAUGAAGCAAUUGAUCCUGAGGAAGACUGGGCUGAACUGGAGCGGAAACGCAAAGUUAUAGAAAUGGAGCAGCAAAUGAAGACUCGGGAAGCAAUGACUGCAAAGAAGGUGAGCCAACCUGAAGACAAUAUGGAACUCAAAGCCAUGAGAGCGAUGGGGGCUAUGGAUGAAGGUGAUGCAGUUUUUGGUGCAGGCUCUGAAGUAGCCCUGGAUUCACAGGUGUAUUGGUGGCAUGAUAAAUAUCGUCCACGAAAGCCAAAGUAUUUCAAUCGGGUUCAUACUGGAUACGAGUGGAACAAGUACAACCAAACUCAUUAUGAUCACGACAAUCCUCCUCCUAAGAUUGUCCAGGGCUACAAGUUCAACAUAUUUUACCCUGAUCUUGUUGACAAGUCAAGAGCGCCAGUGUACACUAUUGAGAAGGAUGGCAACAGUGAUGAGACCUGUAUUAUCAGGUUCCAUGCCGGGCCGCCCUACGAAGACAUUGCCUUCCGUAUUGUAAACAAGGAAUGGGAGUAUUCUCACAAGAAAGGCUUCAAGUCAACCUUCGAGCGCGGGAUUCUUCAUUUGUACUUCAAUUUCAAACGAUACCGGUAUCGGCGAUAGUUGGAGCUGUGUAGAAGAGCCUAUCAACCCAAACUAUGGAUCUUUGCAUCUUGAAUUCUACAUUAUGAUGCAAAUUGUUUUUUUUUGGGUAACCCAUGUAAUCAAAUGUAUAUUUUAAAUCUGUAAUACUGUAGCAGUAUUCUCUUUUUCCUGUGACGUGUGGAAUCAUGUUCUAUUUUCUUUUUCCUACCUUGUUGUUUGCCUUUGUUUCCCCUCACAUAGUGAUACUAGAAUUAGGCAUUUGUCUCCAUAUAGUAAUGUUAAUCAAUAUUUCCUA